CGUCGGUGAUUACACGAGUUUGCUUAUCACAGUACUUGUCAUUAACUAAAGAAUGGCGGAGGCUGCAUCUCAUCUCAACAUUCUAAAAGAUCUAGAAACUAAUCUCAGACUGGUAGUGGAUCAGAUCAAAGAUGGUGAAAGCGAAAGCCAGAGAUCUACCUUUAGCAGUGAAGCUUACUGGAACUAUCUUGGUGUCCUUUUCAAAACUUUGUCUUUGGAGGCCACAAAGUUUUCUGUAGCUUACUGUGAAAGCCCAUUCCCAACAAGAGAGCAAUGUGUGGCAAUGGUUGCAAGCCUAGAAAAAUCUGUUCUGGCCUUAGUGUCAGCUUUUUAUUCCCUCCCCAAAUCACAAGGGGUAAACCUAAGAAAGCAGCUGAAAUCAGCAGUGUUGGAAGUUCUGCAAAAUAUUAUAGGAUUAGUUUCCAGUCUUGCACAAGUCAAUCCUGUAGCUAGUAACAGAAGGCAGACUACAGGACAAGUAUGGGAGGUUGCAGACAAUUUUGCUUCCCUCCCUAAAAACAACUGUGAAGCAUGCCUGUUGACACUGAAACAAGCAGCCGAUUUGGUGAAAGAUGCAUUGGAUGAAGUUGAAGAGAUGGUGAAUAAUGAUGGUCAAUGUGAGGAUCUGGAUGAAAUUCUUGCAGAGGAGGGUAAUCCUAGAAGCAACAUCGACACCUGGUCUGAAGAAGACAAAGAACUUGUUGGACCCUCUAGUGGUCUAGUAAAAACUAUCCGUUCACUAUUGAAAAAAACAAGAGAGGCUAUACAGGGCCAUGGAAAGUGCGAAACAGAUGAACAAGUGGCACAGCUGGAUGACUUAUCCGAGCUGGCUGAACGGUUGAGUCCUGCUGUGGAUAAUCUUUUGUCCAGCCUUUAUCCUCCUAUAGAUCGUGUUACUGUUGGAAACAUGGCAACUGCUUUAUCAGAGACCAUUGAAAACACGCUAACAUUUUUAAGGAAUUCAUAUUUGACUUGUGAGCAAGAUUCUCAAUGGCUGGAUUUCCUGGAGAAAGCGGAGAAGCACAACCUGACAAAAGUGAAAGCAUUGCUUAGCAAAUCCUGAUCAUUAUUUGACAGCGUUGUGGAACGUGCUCAUUAUGAAGGAUUUGCAAGAAAAUUGUUUGACAUUCUGAAAGCCACCAAGACUUUUAUGAGACAUUAAUGAUUUGUGCUCUAGCAGUAGGAUUUGUAAUAAUUAUGCGAGGGCAUGGUGGAAACUACUGCUAGUGUCAAACUCAUUUACAGUGCUAGUUGGACUUCACAUCAUUUAUAGAGUCAAUCUACAUGGGAAGUUGAGUUUAUCCUGAGUGUUUAAAUACAUGACAGCAAAAUCAAGGAGUGUGCUUUGAGUCAUAGCAUGAGGGAGACUGAUGUGAAAUAAAGCUAUAAAAGAUUCCAUUUAAUGAAGUGCAUAUUUAUUUUUGCAAACAUUUACAAAAGCAUUUCAGGAAAAUGUUCCAGAAAUUUUGUGAUAACCUAUAAAGAUGAAGAAUUCAUUUAUUUACCAUUUAUUUAUAUUGCAUGAGGAACAGGUCAUAAUGACAACCGCUUACUCAACAAAUACCAAUCUAACACACAUGCUGGCAACAUCUCAUGUACAACUAUGUGUAAACCUAAAAAAAUGAAGUGCAUUAAAAAAUGUAAAGUCCUGUCCUUUCAUCCCUCCAUGAGGUGCACACCUCAUACAUGUGCACAAACACUCUCGUUUACUUUCUCUCUCCUAUAUCCUGUACACUACCCAUACAUAUUCCACAACUGAAGUAUGCAUAGACAAGCAUUCAAUUAUGCAUACAGGCAUGGAUACACGCUUGCACUACACACAGUAUCCAUGGAAUUCAAGGAGGUAAUUCAAUAUUCAGUCUUAGCUUGUGCCAUAGUGAAGUUCAGUGAGCUACUGCUUCUUAGAAACAACUGUUUCUCAGGCAGGAUGGUCUCACCUGGACAUAUCUGUACCUGAGCCCAGAAGACAAGUGAUAAAAUAAUUCAAUGAGUGCACAAAAUGCCUUGGGCAUGUAUUGUAUUUACAGAGGGUAGGUCGCAGUCAAUAGUUCUAUUAGCUACGCACACCAUAUGGUUGAGCUAUAAUAUCUGGAUAGUGCUGCUGCACCAGAUGGAGAUUGAGAAUGUUGGUAUACUCUUGAUCACUGCCUGUUAAAACUGGACUAAAUUGUCCCUUGUACGGCCAAACUUUCAGUUGACACAGACUGCAUUUGAUGGGCCUUCCUGAUGAUAUUCACAUUGUUGUCCCAGGGGAGGUAAUUCCAUAUUUGGUUCCCAGAAACUUGAAAUAGCCUGCUUCGUAGUCUCACCAUUGAUGAUAAUGGUUCCUGUGGAAGUCAACUAUCAUCUUGGUUUUAGACACAUUUGUAGCUUAUUUUCACUGCUCCAUACCUCCAGGAAGUAUGCAUGCUCAUGUGCUAUGAGACCUGCUGUAGUGUCAUCAGCGAACUUGACCAUCUGAAUUACUGGAAUAAAUUUUAGGAUCUGAAAAUGGAGUCAGUCUUCAUCUAUCUGAACUGCUUAUGCCUCACCACAUGAGCCAGUCUCCAGUCUGCCAAGACUGACCUGUUCUCUGUGCCAACAUCAGAUGAAAGUGACCUCCCUUGUCUGAAAGAGGUCUAUAACCUGGUUGUUGCGUAGGACUUCACUCCAUGAACUUUUAUAAAGAGUUUCGAUAGAAAAAUGAAGGUAUCUUUUUAUGUUGAAUUUACGCAUUAUGUGCUACAACCCUCAUGCCGUACUCUGUCAAAUGCCUUGACAAAGUUGACAGAGCUAUAGUAAGGCUAUCUCUGGUGUUGUAGGUUUUUUUCUUUCAAGAUGCUAUGAAGACCUAUUUAAUUGUGCUUUUUCCUGCUCCUGAGCAUGACUGCUUAGAUGGCGGAUUACUCUUACGGUUCUGUAGUUUUGCACUGUUUACUGUUUCCUUUCUUUGGAAGGAGUUUGGCAUUCUUUGCUCUCCCAAACCUUUGAUACAGAGUGGUUAGGGCCUUCACUGUUUCUUCCCCGCCAUACCUGAGACUCAAGUGAUGUCCCUCCCUUUAGAAUGCAUAGGCUAUCUCGGCCUCUUCCCGAAGAAUUGGGACGUCUGCACGAUCGCUAGUUGUGAUCUUGUCGCCUUGACAGGCUUUUAAAACUUCAGAGUUCUCAAUUGAUCAAACGCCUUUGCACUGGACUUUCUAGUAAAGUGCGGAACCCUAAAGGCCUUUCAUCUUGUUUGCAGAAUCUCAUUUCUAUGGCCUACAUUCUAUUUUUUAAAUGUGUUAACAAAGUUCUAGUCUCGCGUUAGUCAUUUUUAGAAUUAGCCUUAUCGUCACGCUGAGUAAAAAUUUUAUGAAUAAAAAAAAAA